AUGCGCGUGACGGCCCGGAGGGACACCAGGGCGCGGGCGCUCGACGCCAACACGGCGAAUUCGGUCUCGCAGGCGGCCGGGUCGCUGAUCCUGACCGCGGGUCUGCUCUUCGUCGCGAAGGACUACCUGGACAACACGGCGGAGGCGCAGGACCAGGACCAGGACUCCAUCGUGUGUCCUAGGUGCGAGGGGCGGGGCCUGGAGGUGCUGGAGUGGAGCGACGGCGACACGCAGGAGGUCAUUUGCCGCACCUGUGGCGGGACGGGGCGAGCCGUGCGCCGCGAGCUCACCAUCCCGAUGGGCCGCGACGGCCAGUAG